GAACUUAGCGUUUACGAAUUACAUCGCCAGCCUCAGGCGGCCAUAGACGACGAUAGCGAAGUAACCAUUUCAUUACGUAGCUUGCAUAGCGAAUUAAUGUGCCCUAUCUGUUUGGAUAUCUUAAAAAGCACUAUGACUACGAAAGAGUGCCUACAUAGGUUUUGUGCCGAAUGCAUUACGACAGCUCUACGCAGCGGAAAUAAGGAAUGUCCGACGUGUCGCAAAAAAUUAGUAUCCAGAAGAUCACUUCGCCCAGAUCCAAACUUUGAUGCAUUAAUCUCAAAGAUUUAUCCCAAUCGAGAGGAAUAUGAAGCCCAACAAGAAAAGGUGCUAGCAAGGUUAAACAAACACCAUAGUCAACAUGCUUUACAAUCUAGUUUUGAGGAAGGAGUGCGAAUGCAGGCUACGAAUCGGUCUCAUUCUCAACGGUCAUCGGUAUGUUAUAAUUGUCAGGAUUGA